AUGUCAACCAGUGCUGUGCAAAAGUUUCGCCCAGUAGUGGUAUCGGGCCCCUCUGGUGCUGGGAAAUCAACUCUACUAAAGCGACUGUUUGCUGAAUAUCCCGACACCUUUGGGUUUUCUGUUUCGCACACCACCAGAGCUCCACGGCCGGGCGAGCAGCAUGGGCGCGAAUAUUAUUUCACAACCAAAGCGGACUUCCUGGACCUUGUGAGCAAAAAUGGGUUCAUUGAACAUGCGCAGUUUGGAGGGAACCACUAUGGUACCAGUGUCCAGGCCGUGAAAGAUAUUGCAGAGAGGGGUAGGAUUUGUAUCCUCGACAUUGAGAUGGAGGGCGUGAAGCAAGUGAAGCGUACCGACCUGAACGCUCGCUUUAUGUUUCUCGCACCGCCGUCGGUUGAAGAACUAGAACGGAGAUUGCGAGGUAGAGGUACUGAGUCCGAAGAGAGCUUGAGUAAACGCUUAGCACAGGCCAAAAAUGAACUCGAGUAUGCCAAGGAGCCUGGCGCACAUGACAAGCUAGUUGUCAAUGAUGAUGUGGAAAAAGCUUAUGUUGAGUUGAGGGACUGGAUUGUCGACAACGGUAAAUUUGGCGCCUAG